AUGGUUAGGUUAAGCAGAUAUGAAAAGAUGCAAAAAGAGCAAAAUGCAGAGACAUUCAAGCCUUUGUUGGAUGAUUUGACACAAUGUGAUCAAGCAGAGUUUGUGGAAAAGCUUAUAUCAAUCCAGGAAUGGGAUAGGUCUAGAGAUGACCUCUUUGUUUGGACGCCAGUCCUAAAUAGAAUGGAUGAAAUGAUGUCCAAAAUUGUGGAUAAAUAUUCUUAUAAGUCUUCUGAUUUCCAGAAGAACCCCGUCAAGUUGAUUGAAAUGUCGAAGAACGAUGAAUCAUUAUGUGUUCAUUUAAUGCAAUUCACUGCUCGUCUGCUAUGCAACACAGAAAAUAGGUUCAUUUACUCUUCAAUGGAUGUCAUGAACAAUAUGUUGAACUGCCCCAAUUUUAAAGUGAAGCUUUGUGCCGUCAAAGUGCUAGCUAUAAUCGGGGAGAGAUAUAUCAUAGCCCGUGAGAGAAUAGACACGGAAAACAUUCUGGGUGAUUCUCACCUCAAGAAGAAAGCACUCAAAUUGGCUUUGUGUUUACCAUCCUCUACAAUGGAUGAAGAUGGAGAGCAUUUUUCCUUGGUCGACUUAUACUUCGAUAAGAAGAAGUAUCCUACCAAGUUUUCCAAAUUGAAAUAUACUUACUACACGUCAUCCACAAAUGCUAACAAAAGAGCAUCGCAAAACGCCGGUUUGAGGGACUAUAAUGGUGCACAAUCAUCGAUGAAGAAGUUUUUCCUCUCUCAGGAAGAUCUGCAAAGUCAUUCUUUACAACAGUUAUUUGAUAAAGGUAUGGAGGUGAUCCCAGCACAAGAGUGGUUCGACUUCUCUUUAAAAGUUACUAUUGCUAAAGCAUUCAGUGAUGACUGCUUCGAGAAUAAAGAACUGAGAAGUCUGAUAUUGAGGGCCAAGUUCAACGCUAUGGCUCUUGUAAACACAAUUUUCAUACCGCCUCAAGUUAGCUCCAAACUAUUUGAGUUGGAUCCUUAUGCAUUUAACAGCCUGACGGAAUUCAUAUCACUUUCCGAGACCAAGGUACCCAAAGAACUAAGGUUAGACAGUCUGUUCGCUCUCGAAUGCGUUUCGUUGAAGCAUGUUUGGUGUUCAGAUAUCGUCCGAAACCUUGGAGGUAAUAUGUCACACGGUUUACUUUUCCAAAUUUUACGCUAUAUUGGUAAGAUCCUGCGAGAAAAUUCCCCGGAAGUUGAUGAAGAGUACAAUGUACGUUUCUUCUACUUGAUUUCAAACCUGGCCGACGUAAAGGGUUUGCAUGAAAGUCUUCUAUCGGCCGGACUAAUUCCAAGCCUUCUGGAUAUCAUAUCGGUCAAACACUCCAAUUAUAGACGUACAAUGGCCUCAGCAACUCAUCUCUUGGAGGCAGUCAUCAAUGAUGUUGACUCUACGGCAGAAUUCAUCAACAAUAAUGGGUUCACUAUACUCAUUAACUCAAUCACUGAAGAGGUGGAUUUCGCUCUCGAAAAUCCAGAUUAUGGCAGCCCGCCAAAGUAUUCUGUGGUUUACUAUUCUGUCUCUUUCAGACAGCUAGCUUAUAUCAGAAGCUUAUUAAAACUUGUUUUGAAGCUUCUAAAAACUGAUUCUGGUGACCGUAUCAGGAAUCUUAUUGACUCUCCAAUUCUCGUUUCUCUGAAGAAGAUUUUGGAAAAUAGACCCGUUUUUGGUUAUACAUUGAUAACCUACGUCUUAGACGUCAUUCAAAGGGUCAUUAAUAGUGAGCCAACCAUUUAUCCAAUUCUAGUGGAAGCAGGAUUAAUUCCUUAUAUUAUAGAUCAUUUCUCGGACUUUUUGGGCCCUUACUCGGAACUUCUUUCCCUUCUUCCUGAUGUUAUUUCAGCUCUGUGCUUAAACGCUGAUGGCCUGAAUAAAGUGAAAGAAAAAAACAUGAUUCCAUUACUAUUCGAGGCAGUGGCAGGACCCAAGUAUGCCAGAGUUUUAUCAUGGAAGGAGGAAGCGACAGAUUUGGGUGCAUCUAUGGAUGAGCUUGCAAGACAUUAUCCUGAGUUGAAACCUCAUAUACUGGACUGUUUUGCCAACAUAGUUAAAAAUUUGCCUGAUCAAAUUGAUUUUGACCAGCCAUACCUAUACAUUUCUCCAAAUGGUACUGAGCUAUUCUAUCAAAACAAAGAUGAACUCGUUGAAGAAAAAGAGGAGAAUGCAGGCGAGCUUGCCUUUUGGGACAUCCAAAAGUCUACUCCCACUGUCGACUGCUUUGCCGACAUAUUUUACGGUAUGACCUUGGAAAAUUCCACUUUGGAGGGCCUUCCGGAGAAAGUUAAUUUUGACGAUUUAUUAUCUAUUAUCGCGAUGAAGAGACCUCCUUUCGACUAUACCACUUCUCAAGCUUUGUUGAAUUUCACUGAUGUUCUUCAGUUAUUUGACGAGCAUCACAAAGAUUUUGCAUUGCCUUCGAUGAUGAAGGCACUAGACGAACAACUGCAUUCAAUUAGAGGGUUUUUGACAUUCCAAAACAAUGAAAGUUUCAUAUUACAAGCCAAAACUGGAAGGGACAACAGUGACGUUGAAAACUUGCUGGCUGACCUUCAUCGUUUGUCAACGAUCCUAUACAUAACAACAGAUGUUUACGUCAACAUCACUUCCCUUUCCUCAGCACGCAUCUUGCAGAUCAUGGAAUACCUCGAUAAGGCUGGACUCGCGAUUAUAGAGAACUUGAGGUUACUGUUUCAAAAAUGUGCUUUAGAAGAAAUGUAUCUGACAAGAUACAUGCCUGAUGACGCGAUCACUGAAACCCAGCCUUCAACACUCGGAAACGUGCCUCCAGUUCAGAUUCAUGUGAGCAAACCUACUAGACGAGAGAUCAAGGAUAACUUCACAUCUGCUAAACUCAAAAACUCAUUUGAAGUGAGAGCUGUGCUCAAUAAGCUACAAUCAUGUACAGCUAUGCUCCUCAGGUGCUUUUUGCGAUUAAGCCACGCUAAAAACAUUGAUUUUGAGAGCUAUGACAGGGCGCUUGAAGUUCAUAUUUUUGAUGAAGUCACUAAGCAGGUGAUCAGUAUGAUGCACGCUGUUCCGCUUGACAACAAUCUUCCUUAUUUUCUGAUGAUCUUCAAUUUCAACAAUCAUAUUUUCACUUUUCCCAAAACCUCAGUAACAGGCACCGGUAUCCUUCAAACUGUGCCUGCUUAUUUAUUCUACCAAGGGGGAGGGUACAAGUUUUAUUUUGAUGCAAUUAAAGCGUUAUUCGCAAAGAUGUCAACGUUUACUGACAUGGCUGCUAUCGAAGAGGUCGACUACAUAAAAGGUUCAGAUGAAGUUUUGACCUUGAGUUGUCUACUGAAUAUGCUCACGUUUUUCAACAAGUCAAUCCAGUUCGAAGCAAUGGAAAAUGUGAGCAGUAUGGAGACAUUUUACCCUCAUCUUCUCGAUGACUACAAUGUUACCAAGGCACUUAUGGUGCUAGUCAAACUUUUGGCACUCGGUCUCAUUUUUGAUUUGAACGAGGGAGGUCUACUUUUCAACCGUCAAUCACGUUCAGUACCUUACGCGGCAUUUAAGCAAACCCUAACUAUGCUCAAAAAUGUAUUUUCUGAUGCAAACGAAGAAGAUGAAGAAUUUUAUGAGCUGCGUUGGGAUUUAAUCCCUCCCUCAAGAAGAAAGGUUCAACUUCUAAAGGCAUGCGGCAUAACUGAAGAUACAGCACAACUUUAUCUUUCCUCGGUCGACGACGAACUUCCCUCAAACGAAAAGCCCGAGGUUUUCAACGAGGAACAAUGGUCGAAAUAUCAAAGUUAUAUUUCAACUGACACAUGGCAAGUACAUCCAGCCCCCUUGGAGCCCCAGUAUGAGCAGAAGGGCUCUAGCGAUGAUCUAGAUUCGAUGCGGAAUGAAUUUUUUGAUAACGAUCUACCUCAAACGGUGUUCGAUGUGUUGCCAAACUAUCCAAAACUUGUCAAUGCAUUUGCAAGAACUCUUUUGCAGAUGUUCAGUAAUUACGAUGAACCUAGUGAGAAUUUUGCUGCAAAGGUACUAGACAAAGUGAUUGACACCGAUUCACAAGACAGCGCGACGCUAUCUUCCCUCAUUCAUCUUUUUGGUAUCUUCUUGAAUGAAAAGUACGUUUAUGAAAAUGCCGACAAUCAGAUUCACAAAUUUUUGACUUAUCUUCAAAAUUCUCUAAAACCUGAAUUUAUCAACAGUCCGUGGUUUUCAAAAGCGUUAUAUGUUUACGAGAUCAUUUUGGCCAAAUCUGAAGUUCCUGCGCUGGAAUCCCUUCCUUCGGAUGUCAAUGUUCGCUUCAGAUUACCUCCAAUGACUCCUGUAUACCGCAUCCCCCAUGACAUCAAGCAAAGCAUUUUUGACACGCUAAUUAGAGUAGGUGAGAUUACAAGCUUUUACUCGGCACUAGCAACAUGUCGUAUCCUAAUUUUUUACGCCAGAGAUGAAGUGUUUGCUGGAGAAAUAUCAAGGUCCGGGAUACUUUCGAAGCUUCUGAAGGUCAUAGGUGUAUUCCAGAAGUCGGAGAAAACGAAUUAUCUCGAAUCAUCAUUCUUGCUGCUUGUAAGACGUUGCUUCGAGACUACAGACAUCGUCACCUCGCUUAUUCGCUGUGAACUAAACAAAAGCUUUACCACCAGAAUCAUAGGCGAUCACAAGGAGAAGGAACGUGACCUGACAGGCAUUGUAGAGGAGAAGCCGCACGUUGUUAUGAGAAAUCCUGAGAGUUUCGUCGAUGUUCUCUGUGAACAUGCGCGCUUCCAAUCGUUUAAUGACGAUGGGAAAUUAAUCGAAUACAACCUAGCCAGAGUUUUUGAUCCAGAGGAAAAGGAAGCAAACGAAAGUAGAGUAAAGCCCGCAUCUACCGCAGAUGUUCAAAGCAGAACUGGUAUUGUCCACCUUCUAUUGUCACAGCUAAUGGCGGCCUCUAAAAAAGAUUGGACGUCCGAGCCUGUCUCGCCUGAAAAGGAAGUGAAGGAGAAGAAAGACGACAAGGUGGAUCCCGCUCGAAACCCUGUGUGUGCUUACAUGAUGUUUUUACUAAAAGUACUAGUAGAGCUUGUGAGCAGUUACAAACAGAGCAAGUUUGAGUUCUUGACCUUUGACAGGCGGAACUCCUAUACUGAAUUCCCGAAGCCUAGAGCUACAGCUUUGAACUUCUUCUUGUAUCAGUUACUGGACAAGUCAGUGGGCCGCGAGCAGAGUAAAUUUGAGGCCAAAAGAAGGGAGGUUGUUGGUAUGCUAGCAAGAUCUGUCAUUGUAGGUUUUCUCGCAACAGUUCAAGAUGACAAUAACAAGAAAAGCGACUUGAAGGUUGUUGAUCCUGACAUGAAUUUCAUCAGAAAGUUUACUAUUGAGUCAAUCGUAAAAGCCUUGCGGAAUACAUCUUCAACAUCCAAGCUGCUUGAAGCCAAUGUGAGCAAAUUGGACACAUGGUUCAAGAUUAUCUCUUCAAUGGUCUUCGUUCAAGCUCCAUAUCUGCGUUUGAUAUUGGACUCCAAUAAAAUCGAUGCUGAUCAGUAUCAGAUUUGCAAGCUAAUGAUAGAGUUAAAUGUUCCGUCUGCAAUUACUGAUUGCAUGGCUCUUCUUGAUCUAAAUUACCCAUUUUGCAAGAAAUUGAUGAACAAUGCCGUUGACCCGCUAAACUCUAUCAACUCUGUUAGAAACAACUACUCGGAUCUAUUCAAAGUAGAAGGGAAUGAUGACGAAGUCGAAGUGGACGAAGAGUCUGAUAAGGAAGAUCCCUCUGACAUGUUUAAAAAUUCAGCGUUGGGUAUGUAUGACGUCGCAGAUAUUGAAGAGGACGACGAAGAAGAUGAAGACUCGCUGAUUGGCGAUGACGGUGACAUCGCAUUUGUUGAUGCUGAUGACGAAGCUUUUGAGGUUGUGUUUAGCGAUGAGAACGAGGCUGAUGAAGGCAACGACAUCGCAUCUCAGCUUGAUAGCGAUAGCGAUGAGGACAUGGACUCGGAAGGCAAUGAAGACAUCUCUGAAGAUAUGAGUUCAGAGGAAGUGAGAGCCCACGACGACGAUAUGUUUAAUGAUGCUACUAACGGAGAGGACGACAGCUACGAAGGGAGCGAUGACAUAGAUGUAAUCGACGUCGAAGGAGGUCCAUACGAGUCAGAUUUGGAUAUCGAUCUAAGUGAUUAUGGUAUUGAGGAGUCAGACUGGGAGUCUGGGCUGUCAGAACUCUCAGCGUCGGACGACGAAGGAGAGGAUGCUGAUGCUGCAGACAACGACGAUGAUGUUCCAGGUGGAAUAAGGCGGAGAUGGACGACUGCAGAUGGCUUUGACAUCGUAGAGGACACUUCCGAUGAGGACGAAGCUACUGGUGUUUUCCAGGGUAUAGAACAUGUUUUCCAUGGCGAGACCCAGCCCUUGUUCCGAGUGCAAGACGGCCGGAAUCACGGUCGCCAUCAUCAACGCUCGUUCCGUAGUCAUGGGCACCAACCGCUAGGUUUACCGUCAUUAACUUUACUGAACGGUGGCCGGAGGCAUCAAAGUAAUCUCAUCAAUCCAUUAGGUCCAUCCGGUCUGGAAGAAAUUGAGAAUGGCAUUUCGGAUCAACUAGUUAACGUUAACUCUGGUUCCCGCUAUAGACCAGACCAUAGUCAUUUUGCAGGUGUGCUAUUCUCAGGCGAGUUUUUCGACGAAAGAUCACCCGAUGGCAUCGUCUUGAAGCCGACUGUUUCUAGAUGGAAGGAUAUCUUUGACAUGUUCUAUGACUCAAAGAGUUAUGCAACGUAUGUCAUACCUACGGUUAUAUCGAGGCUUUACAAACCAAGCCUUGAACUUCUUCAGGAAGCUAAGCGCAAGGAUGAAGAGCAGAAACGGUUGGCCAAAUCAAAAGUCGAGUCUUUGGCCAAAGAGCCAUUGGAACCCUCAUCGAUCGAGAAUGAAAAUGCUUCUCCUGUUGAAACAAAUGAAGGGCCUGUGGAACAUGAGCCCGUUUACGUGAUCAUUGACGGUGCUGAAGUCGACAUUGGUGGCACGGAUAUCGACGCUGAAUUCCUGAGUGCUCUUCCAGACGACAUGAGAGCAGAAGUGUUUGCUCAACACGUUCGGGAACGCAGAGCAGAGGCUAUGCAUCAUGAUUUACAUCUGAGGGAAAUUGAUUCCGAUUUCCUCGAUGCGAUUCCUGAGAACUUGAGAGAAGAGAUUCUGGAUCAAGAGACCGCGGAAUCUAGGUUUUCAAAUGUCGUCCAUUCGAUUAAUGAGCAUGACGAGAGAGAUAUUGAUGAAGAAAUGGUGAGUGGUGAGGAGGAUGAUAACGAACAAAAUACUGUUGGCAACAGAGAGCAAAGGGAUGAAGAAUCUGAAAAGAAGAAGUCUGGUGGUCGUGUCUAUUUCGCACCACUAGUGGACCGUGCAGGUAUUGCUGCAAUCAUGAAGUCCAUUUUCAUAUCACAGCCAUACGUUCACCGCGAAAUUUAUCAUGAACUUCUCUACCGACUAUGUGCCAACAAACAGAACAGAAGUGAUAUCAUAAAUAUUCUGCUGCUCAUUCUGACGGAAGGUGUAAUAGACCAGCAUUCAUUGGAAAAGGUUUACAAUCUAAUAUGUUCACGAGUCCAUGGCUCCGCUAAAGCGCAAGGUAGCCCUUCAACUAUUCGUUUGCUGCCCGCAGACUGCACACCUUUAGUUGUUGCCAAUCAAGCCAUUGAAAUAUUACAGAACUUGAUUGAAGCUGACAGCAGGCUCAAGUAUUUUUUCAUCACAGAACAUGAGAAUUUGAUGAUAAACAAAGCCCCUGUCAAGAACAGAAGAGACAUAUUCAAUAAAAACUUGAAAUGGCCUAUCAAGUAUCUUUUUGCCCUUUUGAAUCGGAAGAUAAUAACAGAUGAGACAGUACUGAUGGACUUACUAACAAAAAUUUUACAGGUGUGCACCAAACCUAUUGAGGCAAUUGCCAAGAACUCCGAUGGCGCCAACUCCAAACGUAAAUUUCCCGUUCCCUUUUUCGAUCGUAAUGAUUUCGAAAAGAUAGUCUCUGUCAUAAGAUUAGAGAGUUGUAAUACCAAAGUUUUCCAGCAAACUUUGAAUAUCAUGCACAAUCUUUCUGUUCUCAAAGAUGCCGUGAACGUAUUUACCAAAGAGCUUAUAUCUCUGGCAAUUGAAACUGUCGAAAGUCUUGUGCCUGACCUGGAGAAAUUUACCCUCGAAGGCACCUCGGCAGCAAGCGGUAACGAGAUCAACUCAGAAUUGGUUCAAAAAUUCACGCUGCCUAGUUCACAUCAGGCUAAAUUGCUGAAAGUUUUGACCGCAGUUGACUAUCUCUAUACCCAAAAGAAAACCUUAUCGGAAGAAGACGUAAACAAGUUGAUGGCUGUUUAUAACGAAAUGAAAUUGGGGCAAGUAUGGGCUUCCUUGAGUAGGAGUCUAUUCGAGUUCGAAAGUCAUAAGGGCCUCAGCACAUCGGCCACUGUUCUUCUGCCUCUUAUCGAGUCCUUAAUGGUCGUGUUCAAGCACGGGAAAACACCGCAGGGGAAUAAGAUGAAUAAUUUGAAAUAUGAAGAUGAAAAAUCGCUGGACUUCGCUCGACUGCCAGUAGAUCAGCUAUUUUUCCAUUUCACAGAGGCUCAUAAGAAGUUAUUGAACCAAAUGAUACGCUCAAAUCCAAAGCUGAUGAGCGGACCAUUUUCGCUGCUUGUUAAAAAUCCAAAAGUACUCGAUUUCGACAACAAACGGUAUUACUUUAUUGCCAAAUUGGGUGCUGAAGCUCAGGACAGACCAAAAUUGAGCAUUACCGUUCGCCGAGAACAAGUGUUUCUGGAUUCUUACAGAGCUUUAUUCUUCAAGUCUAAUGAUGACAUCAAGAAAUCCAAACUUGAAAUCACUUUUAAAGGUGAGAGUGGCGUCGACGCAGGUGGCUUGACUAGAGAAUGGUAUCAGGUUUUGUCUAGACAAAUGUUCAACCCCGACUACGCACUAUUUUUGCCGGUGGAAUCAGAUAAGACCACUUUCAGACCUAACCGUACUUCUGGAAUUAACCCAGAACAUUUAUCUUUCUUCAAAUUCAUUGGUAUGAUAAUAGGAAAAGCAAUUCGCGACCAGUGCUUCUUAGACUGUCACUUCAGUCGGGAGGUUUACAAGAACAUUCUAGGAAGACCAGUCUCAUUAAAGGAUAUGGAAUCUCUGGAUCUAGAUUAUUAUAAAUCAUUACUCUGGAUCCUUGAAAAUGAUAUAACUGAUGUUAUUGAGGAAACUUUCUCUGUCGAGACCGACGACUAUGGUGAACACAAAAUAAUCGACCUUAUUGAGAACGGUAAGAACGUUCCAGUCACUGAACAAAACAAGCAAGAUUAUGUUAAAAAGAUAGUCGAGUACAAGCUACACAUUUCGGUGAAGGAGCAAAUGGAUAACUUUUUACAAGGCUUCUACGCUUUGAUCCCAAUCGAACUUAUAUCGAUUUUCGAUGAGCAAGAACUGGAGUUACUGGUGAGCGGAUUACCAGAUAUUGACGUUGAUGACUGGAAAAACAAUACCACGUACGUGAACUAUACUGCAAACUGCAAACAAAUUAACUACUACUGGAGAGCGGUCAGAUCAUUCGACGCAGAAGAACGUGCCAAGCUGUUGCAGUUCGUCACAGGUACUAGUAAAGUGCCACUGAAUGGGUUUAAAGAGCUAUCAGGAGUUAGUGGGGUGUGCAAAUUCUCUAUUCAUAGAGAUUAUGGCUCCGUUGAUAGAUUGCCGUCAUCGCAUACUUGUUUCAAUCAGCUAAACCUCCCAGCCUAUAGCUCAUACGAAACCUUAAGGGGCUCCCUGCUGUUGGCUAUAAAUGAAGGUCAUGAAGGAUUUGGUAUUGCAUAG